AUGGAUCAACACCUCUCGGAACCGCGCUGUCCGCCGGGCGUCGAGCCGCACGAUCGGAUGAGCUACCUAUUCCGCGGCAAGGUCAUCGGCGACCUCGUCUUGAAGAACAUCGGCGAUCGCAACCAGGUCACCUGGCGUGCGCAGGACAAGGUCGUGAUCAACUACUUCCUCGCCAGGAACGGCUUCGACGAACUCGUCGUCAGGUCCCCGAGCAAGCUCCGUGAGCUGGCGCAGUUGCUCAACGUCGACGUCGACUGGUUCCAGCAGACCGAGUGGCCCGCGAUCGAGGGCAAAAUCGCCUCCUCCCUCAAGUACCACCUCGGAAAACUCAUCAACAAUGCCCAGAACGGGUUCAAGAGGCGCUUCGACGCGGACCUGCGAAGGUCGGUGUACACUUGGCCCGAGGAGCUCCGCCGAACACUUCUCAGGACUGUUUGCGAGGGCUGUCAAUGUGCUGGCAACGGCGGCGAUGGCAUCGUGCACGUCCAUGCACCGGGUGGCGGACAGGGUGAGGACCACGGCGGCAAUGGCAGAGGCGAUGGCGGCGCCAACGGAGGGGGAAACGCCUUGCCUCGUCCGCGAGACCCUGCAACGCCGCCGAGACGAGCGCCACCUGUAUCCCCUCCCGUCACUCCGCCGGUCUCUCCGGCGAGGGCACCUGCGGGUGUUUCCGAGCGUGAAGGUCCUCGUGGUCGGCCGAUUAGUCUGCCGGUCUCUCCGGUCUCGGCGCCCGGAGACAUCGCCGGCGCAGACAUCCGCCACGGCCUGCGGCACUCACAGCUACCGUUCAGAGCCGUGACGAACCAGUUCCGCCGCAGCCUGCCGCCCCGCCCACGACCGCCGCCACAGGGCCUCAACGGAAGCCUCUUCAACGACCAGCCGGCCUCACAACAUCCACCGGUUAACCUGCCGGUCCCGGCCCCGGGAUUGCCGCAGAGAGACGUCCGCCACCGACUCCGCCACAGCCUACCGCCUCGCAUACAGCCGCCCGCAGACAUCCCCGGCCGAGUCGUCCAGAACAUCCCGCCGGCACCACAACAACCACCCUCCCAGCCGCCGGUACGGCCACGCCCAGCACCCGCAAUGAACAACAAACCUCUGGGCCUUGCACUUCAAGAUAUGAUGAGCCGCCGGCGUUCGCUCACAAACAGGUCUACCGCACACAUGGCCGCGUGCAGCGACCUCGUCGACACAGCCCUGAACGCCAUCCGAGACCCCGAGGCCAGAAUCCCCCUCUACGCCACCGUACUUCGCGAGCUGCUGCCCGCGGGCGCCGACGCGGCUGCGUUGGACAUGAUGCUCGCCACCCUCCAUAACGCGCAGGGUGAUUUGGGACAAGGGGCCGCCGAGCCUGUUGGGCAGCUGCUGGAGCGUGUGCGGUUGCUCCGAGCGGAGCGGGAGCGGGCGAGGAGGUCGUUCGAAGCGGCGAAGGAGGAGGCGUCGGAGGUCAUGAGGCGAUGGGCGAGUGAGGGGCAUUUUCGCGAGCUUGGUGAUGCUCAUUGGCUGCAGGUGCUCUCUGUCUAG